UUCCCGCAUAUAGAAUUGUAGAAUUGUCCCUUAGCUCGUCUGGGUUCAUCUGGCGCGCCCAAUGUGAAAGCGGAAAUCUGAUUAAUCUCGAUAACCACCGGUACACUCUCCUCAUGAUCCUCAAAUGUUCUCUUUUUAUUAAUUAAUCAUUAUUGAAGCCACGACAGACCAACGUCUCACUCCCAUACGCCCCUUUACCACACACACUUACUUACACACGCACACAUCCUUACAAUACUCAGCCUACUCUUUACUCUUACCUACUCUUACCACUCUUAUAUUAAGGUUUCUUCUUUCUCUAGCGCCAGAAGACAAAUAGAAGGAAAAACCUAUUCCUGGUUCUUCCUUCACUUGAUACAUAUAUUCCAACACAUUCCUUUCAAUAAUGAUCUUCUCUUGAGACUUUGCGACAACCAAAAAAAGCUACAAAGCGACAAUGGCCAAACCUCUCCCAAUUCAUGCCGACUUGAUCGAUUGCAACUAUGCUGUCGCAGGGCAUGACGGCACUCUUUCCGAUAUUGAUGGCGAAUUGUUUAUCAAACCUUGCACCGAUACCGAGAUCGCAUUCUACAACGACACUAUAGCAGGGCACCAAGACUUUUACGAUUUUAUGCCCGAAUUUCUGGGAACUUUGCAACUGGAUGAGAACCACAAUAAAUCUUUUGAAGAAAAGGCGACCGAGCUGAUUGCGCAGCAUGCCAAACCUGAAGUGUCAUACCCUGGCAGGACUAAUGGCAAGAGAAUUACUACCAAUCAAGCCGUGGUUCUUAUGAAUGCAUCGCACGGUUUCGUGAAGCCUAAUAUUCUCGACGUCAAGCUUGGUGUACGAUUAUGGGCAGAUGAUGCUCAUCAAGAGAAAAAAAAGAGGUUUGACAAAGUUACGCAACAAACCACACACAAAGACCUUGGCUUUCGCAUCGCAGGUAUGAGAGUAUGGCAGGGACCCGAUGCGAAAGGCGAUGAUAUAGACGAAGAUGGCUACAGAAUAUAUAAUAAAGAUUACGGCAGGUUCGAAUUAAAUAAUAGCAAUGUUCACGAAGCAUUCAAGAACUUCAUCUUCACAGAAUCCGCUGGUAUCGACAACGAGCUAGGAAGAUUAAUAUCCCAGGCUUUUCUCACAGAUUUGAGAAGAAUACAGGAUGCCUUGGAAAGUCAGGAGAGCAGAAUGUACUCUGCUAGUCUUCUCUUCGUUUUUGAGGGCGAUGGAAAAGCAUUACGCGCUGCAAUGGAAGAAGCUAGCAGGACCCCACCUCCAACCACUAUGGAACAUGCUUCAUCAUCAUCCGGAGAAACUCACUCAUCCUUUGAAGACGACGAGGAAGAUGAAGACUUAGAAGAAGAAUCUUUCCCCAAAAUCUAUUCUCUAAAGGUCAUAGACUUUGCUCAUGCUACAUGGACUCCGGGCCUAGGACCGGAUGAAAAUUCUCUUGUGGGAGUACGUAGCGUGGGAAAAAUUCUGGAGAAGCUGGCGGAGUCAUAAUGGACAGGAUUAUAAUAAUGUCCAAUGGCAUAUUGAGUAUACUAUGCUCUAGGAGAGCUGCUGGUGUGCGGGAGUUAUAGGAGUCAUGGGCUUGUCAAAUGCAAGGUGUCUUCAUGGAGUUGCUUGGACAGGGCACACAACUAUACAUGAGCAUGGCUGUUUAUUAAAAGAUUAAGAUACCCCACUGCGAUUGGACAUCUAGAAGUCUGCAUAUGCAAGCAUAUGCGUUCAUUUUGCUUUCACUUCUCAUCUAUCCGGUUUAGACACGGUUAAUAAUAUAUACUUAACUUCAUGGUCCGCGCUCUUCUCGUGU